AUGUCUACCUUCGCUUCCCAAUUUGCGCCAUAUAGCAGCACUGUUCAGGCCAGCAAUUCGCGAAUAACGCGGCCCUGGUUUCCUGUGCACGGUUCUUCCUCGCAUACCAUCCCGUCAUACCAGUCUGGAGGUAUCCCAACCUUUGGGGACUCUCAAAGAGGUGGCGCGGCAGUACUAGAAGAGACGGAGAACCAACGAAAUGUCUGGGAGACUCGUUUCGGCAUGCGAGUGGAUUUACUGGCCGCGUUCGCCUACUUGCUUGGGCCUAUAUCUGCAUUUCUCCUCCUAGUGCUGGAAACCCAUAAUGACUACGUUCGAUUCCAUGCCUACCAAUCUGCACUCCUCACUGCACCUCUACUGAUAUUGAGAAUAUUCCUCUCCAUUGUUCCCUUCCCGUCGUUCCUGCGGACGUUGUUUACCUUCGUCCUUGUCGUAUCUGCCUCGUACAUGGCUGUACGCGCAUAUAUAGAUGCUGCUCGCAAUGGCCUUUCUCGAUUCGAACUGCCAUUGAUUGGGGCUAUGGCCGAUCAAUGGGUUAAAGACGAGUAG